AUGGCCGGGAACCAUGUCAAUUUGAAUGGCCUUGCAUCAUUCACACCCGCCGCAUCUGCUGCUGCACCCGCAACGGUCUCGGCCCUCAUUAGAGGGGGAGGAAAAGGGCCACGAGCAUUGGCGCCCGGGUCCGGAGGUGUCGGUGGUGAAUUCGGCAGCAGUAACGGGGAAUCGUCAACCGCGUCUGCGUCUAUUUCCUCAACGAUAACGACGCCGAUGAGCGGUGUGAACACCGACGGGACUGCCAACAGCAACCUCCCGGACAACACGGCAGACGAUGUCGGCACCGGUGGAAUCUCCAAAAAGCGCAAGGCGGUCCCGGGAUCGAGAGGAGUUGCGAACUUGACCCCGGAGCAGCUGGCCAAGAAACGGGCGAAUGCACUAACGAGGCUGUCAGAUCGUGACGCACAGCGUGCUAUCCGAGAGAGGCAGCGCCUCAAGAUUGAGCAGUAUGAGCGGGAGAUUCGUGAGCUCAAGUCUCAGCAGCCGUAUCUGGAGCUGCAGGCUGCUGUUCGCCAGAGGGAGGCUGUUGAGGCGGAGCUGGCCGAGGUGAAGGCAUGUCUGGCUAGUAUUAUGCACUUGGUUCAGCCUCUGCUGGCUAAGGGGUCGCCAAUAGGUAAGUUUUGUUUGUCUCGUCGCGUUCCUGCCCAGAGGUUGAUGGGAUGUAUAGUUGGGCAGCAGCAUCCUGCGCCGUUACCUUCGCCAGCUCAGACACACCAUCCGUCGUUGCACCACCAACAGCAUGGACUAGUAGCACCAACUCCGACAUCUGUGGGGUUUUCGGGGUCUGGCCCGGGCAGUGUUGCCUCUCCGGGCUCUGUCGGUACUCAUGGACGAUGGCAUAACAGUAUGUCGCCUGUGGUGACGCCCAUGUGCACAGAAGGUCAACAACACCAGCAACAUCCACACCAGCAACAUCCACACCAGCAACAUCCACACCAGCAACAUCCACACCAGCCACACCAGCUUCAGCAACCUCAACCCUCUUCCCAGGCUGGUAUUCUCGCCCAGCAACGCCACGACCUCGGUCACGGGUUGGACCUAGGUUCAGACCGUCUCGGCCUCGAAUUCCUCCUCGACCCGGCCCAGAAAAUCGCCCGGAUACAUCAAAACGCUGCUGCUGCUGCUUCCACCCAGUACCAUCAUCAAGUCCCUCUGUUGAUACCACCCACACAAACCCCUUUCACGAAACCCACUCAACCACCACCACUACCACAACAUCAACCCCAAGAAGAAGAAGAUGAUGAAGAAGACUUCUUCACCCUCCCACUCAACUCCCCCCCAACCUGCCCCCUCGACUCAAUCCUCCUAGAUUUCCUCUCCGAACGCCGCCACCUCCUCUCCCUCCCCUCCUCGCACGCAAACGACGUCCUCGGUCCGCCCUACCCCUCCAUCUCCUCCCUCCUCAACCCGUCAACCCCCUCCCACCCCCUAUCAAAAGUUUUUACGGACAUCCUCGCCCGCUUCCCCGGCCUGUCCCGUCUCCCGGAGCGCGCAGCGGUUUUGUACCUCAUGUUCCUCCUCAUGCGCUGGCAAGUCUCCCCCACAAGAGAAAACUGGGAGAGGAUCCCGGAGUAUUUUCGCCCCGGGGGUUUGCAGAGACGGAAAAGGCACCCGGCCUGGGUGGAUUAUAUACCCUGGGGAGGGAUGAGGGAGAGGAUUGUACAAAUGUGUGAUGAUGAUACGGAGGAGGGGGGGAUAGAGUUUGAGAAUUUUUUUAUACCGUUUACUGGGACUUUGAGGGUUGGUUGGGGGGAGGAAGGGGAGGGGGAGGGGGGGUGUGUACUACUACGACAGAAAGAGAAAGGGGCGGUCGCAGGGGUGGGGGAUGGGAUGGUGAUUAAUCCCGCUUUUGAGGCGCAUGUGAGGAGGUUGGAGAGCUGGAGUUUGGGGGGGGAGUUUGAGAGGGCUUUUCCUGGGUUGGGGGGGACGUAUAAAUUGAGGAGGGGGUGA